CCACAGCGUUCAAUUGCUGAAAGAGGGCUUGUUGAAUAUAGGUUGGCUGUUGUUGUUAACUCCACGCGCUAGGCACACGUGCUAAAAUGUCGCAUACUCUUGCGUCUACUCCUCGCACCGGUAUUCGUGUUUGCAAGAACACAAUUGCAGAUGCCUCCCACAUUACUAGGCCAGUUGCGUUGAUUCCUCGCCAGGCGACGACGAGCAGGAUGGCGCCGCCCUGCUCUUCCGUUGCACCUGGGGUACCACAGCGCACGUUGGUUUGCAGGGCCUCUGGUGGCGCAACCAUUACCGGCCCUAUGCCAAGCGUAAAGAUUGAUAACGUGCGCGAUCCAUUUGCCACCGUCCUUACCGUCGAGUUCGGGGAAAAGACGGGCGAGCUGCUGGAUGCGAUUACUGCGCUUAAGAACCUGGGCUUGAACAUUCGGCGAGCCAAGGUUAACACCGCCGGUACCACCUUCUUCAUCACCGAUGCUGAUACCAGCGAAAAGAUUGUCAAGUCAGCUCGUCUGGAGGACAUCCGCAUGACGGUGCUGAACAGCCUGGUGGCCAACUUCCCGGAGGUGGGCGAGGCCCUCUCCGCCGGCUCCAAGGCGCUCGACUCCGAGCCCAACAAGGUCCUGGGCACCCGGCGGCGGGUGGUGCAGACCACCAUCGAUGUGACCGAGGCUGCCAACGGCUCCUGCUCCGUGCUCAAGAUUGUCACACGGGACAGGCCGGGGCUGCUGGUUGACAUUGUCCGCGUGCUGAAGGACAUCAACCUCAACGUGGUGUCUGCCGAGAUCGACACGGAGGGCGGCCAGGCGCGCGACGAGUUCUUCCUGACCUACCACGGCGAGCCGCUGAGUGCGCCCAUGGUGCUGCUGGUCACCAACGCGCUGCAGUACUACCUCAGCCUGGCGGAGGUGGCAAAGGAGGAGAGCUACUAGGGCGGUUAACAGGCGGGGCUGGGAGAAGAGGUGAAGCACCAGGGAGCUACCAGCGGGCGGGAGGGGGGGGAAGAAGAAGUUAAGCGUGAAGGGGGGGACGGAGUUGCGGGCUGAAGGGAGGGAGCCUUGUGCCUGGUUGCUUUGCGGCCCUUGAGAAGAGAAGAAUGUUGAAAGUACACGGGAGGCGAUGCAUGUGGGCGUGUGAGGCAUGCCGUGCCUGUAUUCUUUUUUAGACUCUAUGAAGGGCUGUCGUGUAUGGCGCGAUUAUAUUUCAUGUGUCGGGCCGCGCCGUGUGGUUUAGUUUGUGAACGCGCCUAUGUGUGUAUGUGUUGCUAACGAGCAAACGAGGUUUGACGCGAAUAACUGCCGCACCGACAGCAGCCACACAACAGGAUAGAGUACAAUGAUGAAGAGGACUGCUGAAUUUUGCUAUGAUGGCUGUGCAGGGAUAAAGAAAGUAAUUAAGACCACCACAGAUGAAAUGUAAUGGCGCACAGAAGUCCCCCGA